AUGGGUAUUUUAGAAAAGAUUUCAGAAAUUGAAAAAGAAAUAGCAAGAACACAAAAGAAUAAAGCUACUGAAUACCAUUUGGGUUUACUUAAAGCAAAAUUAGCUAAAUAUAGAUCCCAAUUACUGGAACCUUCUAAAAAGGGUGGUGAUAAGGGAGAAGGUUUUGAUGUGUUGAAGUCUGGUGAUGCCAGAGUUGCUCUUAUAGGAUUUCCAUCAGUUGGUAAGUCCACUUUACUAUCAACAUUAACACAUACUCACUCGGAAGCAGCUAGCUAUGAAUUCACAACUUUGACAUGUAUUCCCGGAGUAAUUGAAUACCGUGGUGCAAACAUUCAGUUACUUGAUCUGCCUGGUAUCAUAGAAGGUGCUGCCCAAGGCAAAGGUAGAGGAAGACAGGUUAUUGCAGUAGCAAGAACAGCUGACUUGGUACUGAUGAUGCUGGAUGCCACCAAACCUUAUGUCCAUCGUCAGUUGCUAGAGCGUGAGCUUGAAAGUGUGGGCAUACGCCUCAAUAAGAAUAAGCCUAAUAUAUAUUUUAAGAUAAAGAAAGGUGGCGGACUAUCAUUCAACUCCACGUGCCAACUCACUAAAGUAGAUGAAAAGAUGGUCCAGAUGAUUUUGCAUGAAUAUAAAAUAUUUAAUGCUGAGGUGCUAUUCCGCGAAGACUGCACGCCGGACGAACUGAUCGACGUGAUUCUCGGCAACCGCGUGUACCUUCCCUGCAUCUACGUGUACAACAAGAUAGAUCAGAUCUCCAUACAGGAGGUGGACCGGAUAGCCCGCCAGCCGCACUCCGUGGUCGUCAGUUGUAACAUGAAAUUGAACCUUGACUUUCUACUGGAAACACUGUGGGAGUAUCUUGCACUUAUUCGUGUCUACACCAAGAAACCCGGCCAGCCACCAGACUUCGAUGAUGGUCUUAUUCUAAGAAAGGGUGUGACAAUAGAGCAUGUGUGCCACUCCAUCCAUCGCUCUCUGGUGGCACAGCUGAAGUAUGCACUUGUGUGGGGCACCAGCACCAAGUACUCUCCGCAGAGAGUUGGCAUCUCGCACUCCGUACACGACCAAGAUGUUGUUCAGCUCAUCAAGAAG